AUGGAUAGAGUUACGUCAAAACGAAUUAAAAAUAAUGCGUUAGUAGAAAAAAGUUCUUACAACGAAAAAAAAGUUUUAAACAAAAGAAGAUCAAACAUGAAUAAAAAAAAAAACGUCUUUCUAAAUGACGAAUCAAAAAAUGAUGAAGUUAUUAGAAAGAAUUUAAAAAAAGUAAAAAAUGAAAAAAUUUCCAAAAAUACAAAAGACAAGUUGGAAACAACAAGUUUAAUUAACAUAAGAAAUAAAGAGAAUAACAAAAAGGAAACUGUAUAUAAAGGAAUAGAAAAGGAAAAGAUAUAUCCUCAUAUAAACAGAGUUUCUUCCAUUAAAGAAAAGAGCGCAAUUGUUAAUGAAGUUGGAGAAAAUCGAGUGUUUGAUGGAAAAAAUGACAAUGUGAACAAUACGAAUUACACAAUUUUGAACUAUUUUAAAAAUAAAAACGUUACAGAUAAACAUUCUAACAAACCAGCAAGUGCAGGGGAUAAAUUGAUGGAUAACGAUAAUGACGCACUAAUUGGCAACAACAAUAAUCACGAUACUACUGCUAAUAGUAAGACCCUUACUAGCCACUUAUCUACCAGAGUCACAAACCAAAACAAGUACUUAAACAUGAAAAAUAACAUAGAACACAACCUGAUGAAUUAUAAAAAGUCCAAAUUAAACCAAAUUCACGUGGAUAAUUUUAGCAUGGACUCGUACAGAUCCAAUAAUUCAUCAAGUAACGAAAUACACACCAAAACUGAAAAUAACAAUAUUUAUCAAACCAAUCAAGAAUAUGCCAUUAGUAGAUCUUCCAUGUCGUUAAAAGAGGUUAAUCUUAGGAACAGUAUCAAGGGAGUGAACAAGAAUUCCAUAAAUGAGAGCGUACAGGAAAUACGUAAUAAUUUGAUGAAAGAUCCCUUAGAAUUGAAAGACUUGUAUAGUUCUAGAAAUUGUGAUUCUUCUACUGUGUUAAAUAGGAGUUCCAUAUAUAAACUUAAGGAAGAAUCAAAAGAUCGAGAAGGGCAUGGAUUGACAGGCAAUGUAGAUAUCGAAAAUGAACGCACCUCAGCCCUAUCGGAAAAUAAUUUCAUGCUGAGACAUAGCCUGUGCAAUGGAUUGAAUGGAGAGAGGAGAAAAGUCAAUCUAUAUGAUAUCAGCAAAGAGGAAGAAAACAAAUAUAUGAACAGAACUCGGUUAGCUGUUAGUACAGGAGCGUUAGUGUUAAAUAAUGCAGGUAAGCAGGACGGAAAUGGAAAUAGGAAUGGCGAUAAACUUCGAGAUAGAAAUGGGAUUAGUGACAGUGCCAGUAGUAUUGGAAGCCAUGUUUACAGCUACAAAGAACGAAACAAGGAUUAUUUAGAAUUCAUUAAUUUAUCAAUUAACAGGGAUGAUAGGAGGCAUAAAGAGCUACUUGUUAGAUCACUCCCGAGCAAGAACAUAAUGAAAGGAACAAAGUAUGAUGAAGAAUUAUUUUCAAAAAAUUUAAUGAAUUUUGAGAAUUAUUGCUCAUACAAAUUUAAAAGAAAUAUAAAUAAUAACCUAAUUAACAAUAUUUGCAACAUGUACGAGGAUAGAUCAAAUCUAGAAGAAUUUAUUGACAAGAAAAGGAGAGAAAGUAUUUGUAAAUCGAAAGAGGAUUUUUUAAAAUACAAAAUGAAUUCAUCAACAUAUAGUAUAAAAAAUGAUCAUUUUGAAGGAGAGAAACUUUUUAAGAGACCUAGAAUGUCAUUAUACAAUACAUUGUUGGGUAAAAAUAAAUUUCAAGAUGUAAGCAAAGUUGAAAACAAAGAACGUGACAACAUUUCAAACAUCCUUUUGAAUCAUCAAGAUUUGUUAAUAAAUAAGAGAGAAAAAAUAGUGAUCAAUAAAAAUGUGGACACAAAGGAAAUUAUGAUGAAAAAAUAUAUAAAAAAUUUUUGGUUACUUAGUAGAAAAGAAUUUUUUAGUAAAUAUUGGAAUUCUACCCUCCAUUUGGAUAGUAAAGAAGUGGAAAAAUUGAAAGAGAUAAUACACUUCCGAACAAAUGAAAGCUACACAAUUGAUGACAUGUUCAAUAAAGAUAAUGAGAUAAUUGAUGAAGAGAUGGCACUGAAAGAUUAUGUAACUGAUGAAAAGUUAAAAAAUUUCCGUUUAGAUUUGAUAGACGGUUUUCUCUACGAUAAACAAUCCUUAUACGAAAGAGAAAUGAUUGAAAAUGAGAAAAUAUUUUCCAACAUUUCUUUUAAUCAUAAAAAUUCUGAAAUAAAAGUAGAUAAAUUGUUAAACUUAUUUCCUCGGGAUUUUAUGAAAAAAUAUAAAAUUGUAAAAAAGUUAGGAGAAGGUGUUUAUGGGAAAGUAUUCAAAGCAGAAUCUUUAGGAGAUUCGUAUCUUCAUUUUGCUGUAAAGGUGUUGCGGUAUUUCUGGCCAAAUUUUAAAUACAAAUUCGGUUCUGAGGAAUUUGCUAUUAACGAAUUUAACAUUAUGCGAAUUUUAUUUCAUCCCAAUGUGGUAUGUCUAUUAGACAGUUUUCGAGUUCACACAUAUAGAAAAAAUAAAUUAAAGAGUCAUCGAAACCAAAAAAUACGCACGGAGAAUUUAUCAGCAGAAUAUGACUUUAGCUUUCAAAGGCAUCGUAAGGUAGAGAGGAAUCAGUAUUCUCCAUCUCGUGAAACUGUAGAGAGGAAUAAUAAGUAUAAAAAUUUGAUAUCCAAAAGUUGCAUAACAAUUGAAGAUUUGGAAAAGGAUCUUGUAAUGUACAAUAUAGAUAAGGAGGAAAGUUUAAAUAAUCCAAAAUUGGGUAACCAUAUAAAUGCAAACAAGACUGUUAAAAGUUUGAGAAGUUAUAAUACCGAUGUUGGAGGGAUUGAAAAUACUUCAAGCAAUGCUUGUGGUGAUGGAUAUUUUAAAAGCACAUAUGGGUCGACGAUCUGCACAAGGAAAGAUAUAAAGAAAGAUCGAAGCAAUGAUUUGUCUUCUUUACACACCAAGAAGAAAAUGAAAAUAACAAAUUUGAAACAUGGUGGUGAACAAUGGAGAACUGAAUAUAAUAGAAUAAAAACCAAUAAAAGUAUAGAUAAAUUAAAGUUUAGAAAACAUUCUAAAAAAUUAAAAAAAAUUGAAAGUAAAAAUAAUGAUUAUAUCGAAAAUUGGGAUCUAUUCCUAGUAAUAGAAAAAUGUGAUUGUAGUUUGAAUGACAUUUUGAAUAAGGCCAAGAAAAGACACACAGCUUUUAUUCAACAUAUUAAACAGUGUACAGCUCAACAUUUACCAAAUGAACGAAUUGAUAUGUCCUAUGAUCAUAUACAUAAUUAUGUGAAGUAUGUGUAUCUACCUUUGAAAAAAAUAGAAAAUCGAUCAUUUUACCCAGAUAUGCCAUCUCUAUCUGAAAUGCAAACAAAGGUUAUUAUUUAUCAAAUGUUACAAGGAAUAAAUCAUUUUCACAAAAAAUUCAUCAUUCAUAGGGAUAUAAAACCAGCAAAUACACUUAUCAAAAAUAUUCAGUACUUAUCUGAUGGAUUAAAUGAUUCCAAAGAAUGGAUUGUAAAAAUUGCAGAUUUUGGCCUAGGGGUCUAUGAUCAUUUUUUAAAAGCAGAAACUAAGGAUUGCAAUAUAAUAACUUUACAAUAUAGACCCCCAGAAAUAUUAUGUAACAGCACCUUGUACAAUUACUCAGUUGAUAUCUGGUCUGUUGGUAUAACAAUGUGUGAAUGUUUGUUAGGUUUUGUUCCUGUAACAUCAAAGUUUGAAUCUUCAGUUUUGUUUAAAAUUCUUGUGUUCAGAGGAAUACCAAAUGACGAUUUUGACAAUUUACUUAAAAAGGAAUUUAUUGGGGAAUUACCCCAAUUUAAGGUUGAUAGAAUUAAAAUGCUGGAGAUAAUUUUUACUGACAUUUAUGGGAGAAGAAUUCUUAGCGAUCAUGGUAUAGACUUAAUUGAUCAAUUCUUGAGUUAUGAUUACAAAAACAGAAUAACAGCCAAUGAAGCGUUGAAGCACAAGUGGUUUGAGGAUGUACAUUUGUACUUAAACGAACAGUUGCUUAGGUAUUACAAGCGAAACGGAACGUAUUACUUUUAA